UAGACCAAGCAUACCCGAAGUUACUGUCCUACAAAUCUUUCUUUCUUUCUUUCUGUAAAAACUUUUCGUUCCUCAUCUUUCAUUUUUCUUGGAGUAGAGAUGGUGGUGGCUUCUCCAGCUUCAAUUAUUGGAAGUGAAAAAAUCAUAGAGGACAUCGAGCUGCCCGUAAUAGACGUCUCAAUAGGUGACAGAUCGGAGUUGUCGAAUCUCAUCGUUGGAGCUUGUGAGAAGUACGGUUUCUUCAAGGUGAUCAACCAUAGAGUGUCUAAUGAAAUCAUUUCCAAAAUGGAACAAGAAAGUUUGAGCUUCUUUGCUAAGCCUUUCCCUGAAAAGGAACUUGCUGGGCCUGCUAAUCCUUUCGGUUAUGGCUGCAAAAACAUUGGCUUUAACGGUGAUAUAGGAGAGGUUGAAUAUCUUGUUCUUAACAGUCAUCCUCUCUCCAUUUCUCAAAGAUCCAAAUCCAUCUCCAAUGACCCCAACAAAUUCAGCUCUGCUGUGAGUGGUUACAUAGAAGCAGUUAGGGAGGUGGCAUGUGAGAUACUAGAUCUUAUGGCAGAGGGGUUGGGGGUCCCAGACACAUCAGUGUUUAGCAGGCUGAUCAGGGACGUUGAUAGCGACUCCAUCAUCAGGCUCAAUCACUACCCACCUUCUUACAGCACCAACAGGGUUGGGUUUGGAGAGCACUCUGACCCUCAGAUCCUGACCCUCUUGAGAUCCAACGAUGUGGGUGGCCUACAGAUUUCCUUAAAUGAUGGUGCAUGGGUCCCAGUCUCACCUGAUCCCACAGGUUUCUGUGUCAAUGUUGGGGAUGUGUUGCAGGCUAUGACCAAUGGGAGAUUUGUGAGUGUGAGGCACAGAGCUGUAACCAACUCUUACAACUCUAGAAUGUCAAUGGCAUAUUUUGCUGCACCACCUCUCAACGCCGAGAUCGCUGCACUACCGCACAUGGUCUCUGCGGCUAGGCCUACCUUGUACAGGCCAUUCACUUGGGCUGACUACAAGAAAGCUGCUUAUUCUCUACGUCUUGGAGAUGCCCGUCUUGAUCUAUUCAGGAAACAAGGAGUAGAGCUUGCUUAAUGGCUUGUGGGUAGUUUCGAGUCUUUGAGAAAUAUAAAAAUAUGGAGGGUUUUAUGUCUUUUUGUAAUCCUCAAGGGGAAUUUUGGUUUAUAUUCCAUAAUUGCUGCUUAUAGAAGGAAAUCAAAGGGAUUGGAAUUCAAA